CCUGACUACAUUGCUCCUGAGAUUUUGCAAAAUCAAGGAAAGGAAGCCGAAUUCGGCACGGAGGUAGACUGGUGGGCCGUUGGCGUAUUCAUAUAUGAAAUGCUUAUUGGGGAAACUCCAUUCUUCGCCGAAGCUCUCGUCUCCACUUAUUCGAAUAUUAUGGAUCAUAAAAAUAGUCUUCGCUUUCCCGAUGAACCAGCUAUUUCUGCUCAUGCAAAAGUACUAGAUCUCAUUCGCAAAUUCUUGUCGUCUGCUGAUGUUCGAUUAGGAAAAUCUGUUGAUGAAAUUCGACAGCAUCCAUUUUUCAAGAAUGACGAGUGGAAUUUUGAAACUUUACGGAAUGCCACGCCGCCAGUCAUACCCGAGUUGAAGGGUGAUGAUGACACCACACACUUUGAGGAUAUUGAAGCGAAGCCUCUGCAGGAGUCUUUUCAAUUGCCAAAAACCUUCAUAGGAAAUCAAUUACCUUUCAUCGGUUUUACAUAUUCAAAUGAACUUAGCCCAAUUUUAAAAAUACAAGAGGCUGCUUCCUCUGCGAGCACCACAAGCGUGCUUUCGAACUCAUCAACGAAAUCGAAUGGUGUGUCUGAGACCGAGUAUGAGGAAGUGACCCGCAAGCUUAGCGCAGCUCAAGCAGCAGUAUCAGAGUCCGAAAAGAAGCUACGAUCUCAAUUGGAAGAAAUAUCUAGAAAAGAGGAAACUAUUAGGAAGUUAGAAGAUGAAGUAGCGCGAUGUACUGAAAGCAUGCGAAUCUCGGAGAAUGAUAUGAUGCAAAUGCAAGAACGGGUACGACAACUCACCGAGUCCGCGAAUGAUCGACGACUGGAACAGGAGUUGAGGGUGCAAAGGGAGGUAGUGAGAAGCUUGGAAGAGAAAUUAUCGAAGGCACGCGAUGAUGAGGCUGCAGCAAAGUUAGAAAUUAGAGAAGUGCUCAACAAACUUGCUGAGGAGAAGGAAGCGAGCCGGCGGCAGGUUAUAACUAUCGGGGAUCAAAAGAGAGAAAUUGAAACGCUACGGUCAAAGAUUACCGAUCAAAGCUCGAAGGAGGAUGAGCUAACAAGAAAGCUGAAGAAAGCACUUGAAGACAGAAAGGAAAACGGAAUCUUCCAGGUACUUACUGCUGAUUAA